AAACACGAUUUUAUAUUUAGUCAAUUUUGUUUACGGCCGCGUCGCGGGUUUUAUUGUGAGAGGGAAUGUUUUGUUCACGAGAAAUGAAAUUGAUUUUUCUGAGAUUGUGUUUUGUUUUUGUUAUAGCACUAAAUGUGGGAUUGGCUAGAAUAUUCUCGAAUGUGGAUAGAUCUUUUACACAAGUAAUUCGAAGCACUAGGUUCCAACCGAAAGUUUCAAAGAAACUGUGCCUUCUGAAGCCACAGAAAGGGCCAUGUCGCGCCAACCUGAAUAUGUUCUACUUCGAUCCUUUAACUCUGAACUGUUCUAUAUUUACAUGGGGGGGUUGUCAGGGAAACGGCAACCGGUUCGACACGGAGGAAGACUGUCUGGACUACUGCAGAACUAAACGAGACUACAAAGUACCUAGGCCGAAUUGGUGUUCGUUGUCUUUCGACUAUGGCUAUUGUUUUGGUGAUGUCACGAGGUACUACUACGACCCCUUGUACCAAGUCUGCAAAGCGACCAUAUAUUCUGGCUGUGGUGGCAACAAGAAUAAUUUCUAUACCAAGAGUCAGUGUGAGUCGGUAUGUAUAUUCGGAUUAGGUUUUACAACCAAGUUGGGGGGCAACUUACAGCCAGAGUACAAGACAAUUGUCAUUAUCGAUCCGCCGAACACGACGCCCCCUCGCGGGAGAGACCAGGGCGGCAACAAUUAUACAAGAGGCACUUUUACACGGAGAAUUGUCAACGCAUCUGGUGUUUUUACGGUUGUUAUACAAGGUUAAUUCGUUCGCUAUGUUUUUAUAAUUACAUUUUAAAUUAACUCA